GUUCGAGAACUACAAGACGUAUUCCAAACACAUUGCGAUGCCGCAGCUGAAUGGCAUGCUAAAUUUGAUGAUGUGGAAUAUAAAUUGAUUCAGGCAAACAGUCAAGUAACCAGAUUGGACCAUCGACUAGCGGACACAUUAAUGGCAAAAAAGCAGUUAGAAGAAGAGCUUGCUGCCCUCAAAGGCAUUUCUUCCGCCUCACCUGGAACUGAAGAUACAGUUUCUCCUGCCGGACUUAUUGGUCGCAGUAAGUAUAAUGAGAUGGCAUGUGAACUAGAGGAAAUGCGCGACUUGGCAACUAAUCGUUUGGGCGAACUCGAACGUCUGCAGCGACAACAUGAAGAUAAGGUGGCUGAAUGUGCUCGUCUCUCAAUGCAGGGUUCUCCUAUUGUCUUUAGCCCUAACUCUGUUAUGUAA